AAUUUCUGUUCUGCCUUGAAACAGAAGACACAGCAAUGAAGCUCCACACCGCAGCAAUCCUGCUCCUCUUCUGGCUUGGUGUCUUCACUGUGCACGCGGACAAGGGGAGCGCUAGCAGUCAGCCCAUGCGAAAAUUCAGUUGUGUAAAACUGUCUACAAAGCAGUGGAACAUCCGAAAUUUUGUGAACUAUGAAAAGCAACAAGUACCAAUAGAUGCCAUCAUGUUCAUCACUGCAGGAGGUAUCAGGGUCUGUGUAAGUCCUAAUCAGAAAUGGGUUCAAACUGCUAUAAAGAGAAUAGAUGAAAACCGUCUUGCCAAACGCAAAUAAUCCAAGCAUCUAAGGCCAACCAGCUGGAAUCAUCAUCAGUGCUGCAAGUAACAAGCUUUUUAAAAAAGCUUUUAAACCUUACUAUAUGCUUAUAUUUCCUUGCUUUUAAUAAAUUGCAAGAAACUCUCUGAACAAACACAAACUCACCUCCCACAGAUGUGGAAGAGUGUAGACUUCCAUCCUGAUGGAGAUCAGAUUAUUCUACAUUGAGUGCUGGUUUUUAGAAGGUGCUGUAUAAUCUUGUUAUUCACCCUCAUAUGAGACAAACCCGAAACAACUGGUUUGCUUGUCCCAUUGCUUUUCUUUGAAUAAGAACAAACUAUGGCUGGAAUCUGUAUUUCCCAAACUCAUAGGAACUCCCUACCCUAGAGAGUUAUGUUUGUAUAAAUGUCUUAUUGUCUUACAACUGAUACAAGCUACUAACAGAAGACUUUGAAUUUUAAUAAACUUACUAUAAACUUGAAUCAAA